CUUCAAUGUAGCGGCGAUUUUUGUGAAGCCGUGCGGAACGCGAGCGACGAGAAGACGUCAUCGCGGUUUCACGAAAGACGCUAGCUAUCAAACAAUUCGAGCAACGGUUACACGUGCAAUUUAUAUCAUUGAGAAGAUGCGUUCCACGUUCCACGGAGCCCAACUAAGAAAACUUCGUCUCGGCGAGUAGAUACGAUGUUCCCAUCUUCCUCGAGAAACAAAGGUACCUAACCUCGUCGACGUGUGUGUAGCUUGAAGCUCCUGGUCGCUCGGCUAACCUCAAACAUGGGCUACAACAAAAAGGUGUCGUACUUUUACAAUCCGGACGUGGGCAACUUCCACUACGGGCCGGGCCACCCGAUGAAGCCCCACCGACUGUCCGUGAUCCACAGUCUCGUGCUGAACUACGGUCUGCACAAGAAAAUGCAAAUCUACCGUCCUUAUCGCGCCAGCACGCAUGACAUGUGUCGUUUCCACUCGGAGGAAUACGUGGAGUUCCUGCAGCGGGUGACGCCGCAGAACCUGCAGGGCUACACCAAGUACCUGAGUCAUUUUAACGUAGGAGAUGACUGUCCAGUGUUCGAAGGCCUUUUCGAUUUCUGCUCGAUGUACACCGGCGCUUCCCUGGAAGGCGCCACCAAGCUGAACAACAACUGCUGCGACAUCGCCAUCAACUGGAGCGGUGGUCUGCAUCACGCCAAAAAAUUCGAGGCCUCCGGCUUCUGCUACAUCAACGACAUCGUGAUCGCCAUCCUGGAGCUGCUUAAAUAUCACGCCCGAGUCCUGUACAUCGACAUCGACGUGCACCACGGCGACGGUGUACAAGAGGCGUUCUACCUUACCGACCGCGUGAUGACGGUUUCCUUCCACAAAUACGGCAACUUCUUCUUCCCCGGCACUGGCGACAUGUACGAGAUCGGCGCCGAGAGUGGCAGGUAUUACUCUGUGAACGUGCCGCUGAAAGAAGGCAUUGACGACCCGUCCUACGUGCAGGUCUUCAAGCCCGUCAUCUCGCACGUCAUGGAGUUCUUCCAGCCUACAGCGAUCGUGCUCCAGUGCGGCGCCGAUUCCCUCGCCAAUGAUCGGCUUGGCUGCUUCAGUCUCAGCACGAAAGGCCACGGCGACUGCGUUAAGUUCGUCAGAGAUCUGAACGUGCCGUUACUGACUGUCGGCGGUGGCGGCUACACUCUGCGCAACGUCGCGCGUUGCUGGACCUACGAGACCUCGCUGCUUGUAGACGAACAGAUCAGCAACGAAUUGCCGUACACGGAAUAUCUGGAAUACUUCGCGCCGGACUUCACACUGCAUCCAGAGGUCGUGACCCGGCAGGACAACGCCAAUUCUAAGCAGUACCUCGAGGCGAUCACGCGGCAUGUCUGCGACAAUCUCAAGAUGAUCCAGCACUCACCGAGUGUGCAGAUGCAGGACGUGCCGUGCGACGCGCUGCCACCGGAAGAGGAACGCCAGCCGGAACCGGACCCGGACUCUCGGCAGAACGUACAGGACACGGACAAAAUCGUCGAGCCGGCGAACGAGUAUUACUCCGGCGACAAGGAUCAGGAUAAGAUGGACACGAGCGACACGUGAUGACGAGAGAGCGACGCUACUGUCGCUUCUUCGCGGAGCGUCACGGCGAAGCUGUUGGACACGGCCUCUUUUGAACGACACAACUUUUACAUUAAGACUCCUGUGUACUCGCUGCUAAACUCUGAAUUGACGUCAGUACUGAGGAACCGUUUGUCUAGAAUCUUUGCGCGCCAAAUCAAGAGAUAUUUCUGUGGAAGAACACUUCUGAUCGCUUAAACAUGCUUACAAAAUGCUCUGAAAACUAUUCUUCUCCCUUUGAGAAGUUAAUAAAUAGCCGUCCAAUUAGCGUGAUGUGCAAUCUCCCUCCUUAAUCGCCUAUCUUUUCUCGUGAUUUUGUUUAUCUUACAGCUAUUCAUUGACUAUCAAGGGAAAACAGGAUAUUUUUCGGAACAUUUUACAAGCUUAAACAAUCUGAAGCGUUCUUUCGUGGAAGUAUCUAUUUGGAAAUGGCAGGCAAGAAUCUUCAGCGUUUAAUCAGUCGAUAUCACAAUUCAAUAUGGCCGUGAUGAGUAGCUAAGAGUUAAAUACUCGACUAAAGUUUCGGACGCAAGUAGCUUUUGAGACUUCUCACGUAUAUAUCAAACUGGACGAUUCUACUGACUUAUUCAAUGCGAUGAACCGUUGAAUACGACUCGAAACAUCUGUAAAUAUGACACAAUGUAUAUACAAAUUAAUCCGAUCUAAAGCGAUAAUAAAGCAUGCAUUUUUCUACUCA